UCCAGCAUUAAGUCGACCAUCUCUCCCUAAUCAGACAAGAUGCAGUUUUCGAGGCUAAAUUAGAUUCCGCUUCCUUCAUGUGACAGAACAGGAAUGUUCUGGUUUUGUUUUUAAACACAACCCCGUGGUUAUCAGCAUCUAAAUCCGUGCCGGAGGCCAGGAUAUGAACCAGAAGAUGAAAACGAGAGCCCAGCUGACUGACUCUCCACCAGGCUCGCUUAAUUUCUGAGGAAAUAAAAAUUUGAUAAGCCGGCGAAGUUUUUGGCAUCCCAGAAUAAGCUCGGACUAUUUUGGGUAAGAAACAGUCACAAUCAAGCCCUCGGUCUGAGGAUGAGUAACAGAUCUGCUGACGGGUUGCCGCCUUCCACGCGACUCCAGAAAGUGUGUGAUAUGCUAAUGAGGCACUGCAAAACGGACAAUGAACCAGAACACGAUUGCCAAGUCACACUUUUCGUCGCAAAUGCCCAGAAAGUCUGCGAGAACUGCCUACACGCACGGUACUGGAGAAACCGUCCGGGCGGCAGACGGGAGGGGCAAGUCAGAUUCCACCGGGCUGUGGGCACGGAGCCCCCCACCCCCGACCCCUCUCUCCCCACGGGCCGGGCCUGCGUGCUCCCGGCCACCGAGACCCGCUGCCGCCCGCCCCAUUCGCUGCGGCCGGGCGGACCCAGGGCUUCCAGGAUUGACUGAUUUAACCAACUUUGCCCAUGAAUGGACCCAAACCCAUCCCAGUUCCGCAGGCCAAGAACACACAGCAGGCAUUCACAGCAACGCAACUCCCACCAGGAGGCCUCUGUACUCCAGGUGGGCAAUGCUAGGCUGGCCUGGCUCAGGGGAAGCCAGAGGGCAUGAUAAGAAGUCGACAGAUGCAGCAGGAAAAGACAAUUCCACGUUGAAGGGAAAGAAGCUACCCAGGAGCCCGC